AUGAACACAAGUGGCAGACGUCCUCUUCCUUGGGCAGUUAGUGCCCAUCCCAAGCGGAAGGUAGAAGAUGUUCGACCCAUUUUCUGGGCAUCCCGACCAAAGAGCUACAUUUACAGAACUCAGGACUGGGACGAGUUCCCCAACGGCAGAUGGGGAAAUUCCUCUUCUCCAGCUUUUGGCGAGUUAAAUGACUACUACCUGUUCUACCUGAAGAGCAAGUCAUCUAAAGAUGCACUGCAGAAGAUGUGGGGAGAGGAGCUGAAAAAUGAGGAGAGUGUCUAUGAGGUCUUCACCUGCUACAUCACAGCCCAAGAGAACCAAAGUGGACACAAGGUAGGCCAUUGUUUUCCAUGUCCAUGA